AUGACUUCAUGGCCAGAAAUAGCUAAGUUCCAGAAUAAGCCCUUUCCCCUCUACGAUAAGCUUGGUGAUCUGUAUGGUGGGCAUAUAGCAGAAGGUGACUUCAAUUUCACAUCAACUGAGGUUACAAAAGUGAGUGAUGGUGAUCUCGAAGUUGAAAGAGAGAAGACUGCCUUCUCUUUUGACCUGAAUCAAUACGGUGAUGAUUUACACAUGUAUGAUGAUCCAAGAGAUGCCGCCCCAAGUGAUGGUCCAAGUGAUGCUGCCCCAAAUGAUGGUCCCAGAGAUGAUGCCCCAAGUGAUGGUCCAAGAGGUGCUGCCCCAAGUGAUGGUUCAAGAGAUGCUACACAAAGAGGUGGUGUUGCUACAUCAAGCAACAAGCAUGUGAAGGAAUCAAAGAAGGGUAAGAAGCGUGAUGAUCCUAUGGUGGAAGUGAUGGCACAAUAUGUGGAGAUCAAACGAAAGCAAGCGAAGGAGGAGUCUGCUCUAUUGGUCGGGGCAAAAAAUGCGCAAGAAUUCUCCAUCAGCAAGUGCAUUGCUGUUUUGCACAAGAUGGAAAGCAUCCGCCGCGAUGAACGAGCCACUGCCUACAAAGUGUUCAAAAGUGUUGAGAAUCAUGAGAUCUUUCUUAAUUCUGUCGCCGAAGAUGAAGAGAGUGCUGCAGUGUUUCUUCGGAGCGAAAUGGCAGAGUUGACUCAAAGCAUCUAA